UCUUAUAAAUACAAGCUAUUUAGUGUUCUUCAUUAAACAAACUGUCAUGAUGAAGAGACAGAGAGAAAAUGUAGUAGAAAAAGAGAGCAUGGAUUUAGCAACAAGUCUGAUGCUACUCUCGUCUCAUCGUACUCAUCAACAACAAAACAUCAAAACAUAUACUCAAGUUGAGUUUGAGUGCAAAACAUGCAACCGCAAAUUCUCAUCUUUUCAAGCACUUGGUGGUCACAGGACAAGUCACAAGAAACCCAAACUUGAAGGAGAUGAAACACUCAAAGGAAAUAAUCAUACAAAUAAGGAACCAAAAGAGCACAAGUGUUCAAUUUGUGGACAAGAAUUCAAAUUGGGUCAAGCUUUGGGUGGACAUAUGAGAAGACAUAGAACUAAUAAUGAAGGGGUUUCUUCAUCUUCUAUGAACUAUCAAGUGAUAUCAAAAUCUUCUCCAGUUUUGAAACGAUCAAAUAGCAAAAGGGUUAUGUGUUUGGUAUUGGACUUAAAUUUAACACCUUUAGAAAAUGACUUGAAGUUGUUGUUUGGAAAUAAGGCACCUAAAGUAGAUCUUUCUAUGUUUUGAUUUUUCUAUCUCGUCAAAAUUUUGGACAUCUAGUCAUCAUCAUCUUUGUAUUUUUUCAAUUUAUUUUUAUAAUAAAAUAUUAGAGUACACGGGAUACUCAAACCCAA